AUGGCUGAUCAAGGACAAUUGAAACUCAUUGGUGUGCCGAAGUUCUCCACAGACUUCGAGGUUGUGGGCAUUUCUGAUGAGAUAGAGGGAGAAAUGCUUGCCAUCAACUCCAUCUACGGUGACGGAACGUGGGAGAUUGAAACGACAUAUAUCGACAACGGCAGCCCCAAGAUCCGAACAAGGCUGAAAGUCCCGUCGCAAGACCUCUCGAGCGUUGAGGAGUGCGUUUCUCUGAACAUCGUAUUGCCUUCAACGUAUCCUCACCAAAGGCCAGAGUUCAAGGGAGUCAACAAGUGGGCCAAACUGUCCCGACGCAACCGAAACAUUUGCACUCUGGUCUUUGUGGCUAUCCACCAAAAUUUUAGUACGGGGAAUGUCUGCAUCCACGAUGCUCUGUUAUAUGUAGCAGAACGGAGCAGUCUUUUGAAUGAGAGCGGCAUGCUGGAUGCAAACAAGACAGGUGACGUUGAGCCUGGUCUGGUCGACGAGCUCCAGUGGACUCUUUGGGAUGACUUGAACAUCAGCAACAUCUCUGCUGAGACGUCCUGCACCGUCUGCAUGGACGAGGGCCUCGCCUUUCAAAUGGCCCCACUGCCCUGCGGUUGUCAUUACUGCAUGACCUGUUUCACCGCCGGCUGGGGUGUUGCGUUUGGCGCGCUGGAGCCCUACACCUGCUGCCUCCAACGCGUCCCCGUGAGCCUGAUCGAAUCCCGCGUCAAACCCGGACAAAACGACAUAAAGCGCUACACCCAGAUGCUCCUCGCGCGCGACACAGCCCACCCAUUCUUCUGCGCCUACUUCAAGAAGUGCGGCAAGCUGGUAGGCGGUUUCGACGAGAAGGCCCUUCGCUUCGCAGCAUCGAAGCGAGGCGGCGGCGGCAUCCUCUGCCGGUCAUGCAGGCUCUGGACCUGUGCAAAGUGUCGGACGCCGAAACACACCGGCGAAUGUGUGACUGACCCAGACAUGGCCAAGCUGUUCGAGACGGCUGAUAUCCGGCGGUGUCCAAAGUGCAGCGAGGCGAUCGAGAAGGACGGCGGCUGCCCCCACAUGAUCUGCCGGUCCUGCGGCAGCGACUGGUGGUGGAAGAGGAGCGGCGCGCUUGAGCCGUUCCUGGGCUACGGCCGGCACGACGACGACGACUGGCUUGACCAGGAGGACUAA